UGCGCGCGUCAUGGCAUUGGAACAAUUGACAACCAUAUUAUCGACAUGGCUGCCAGGUCUGUUAUCGCUGUCCUUGCGACUGCAUUCACACACUCGACGUUGCCCUCAGUAUACAUGCCACGACAAUGAGCGAUGAAGAUGAGCGCAAGCCGCUCGAACCACAAAGCUCCUACAAGAAGCCAACCAAAGGUUUUGCGGCAUAUCUGCGCUUUUUCACGUACGCCGAUUCACUAAGCAUAGCACUCUAUGUUGUCGCUGCAAUCUGUUUGCUGGCAUGCGGUACUGCUCUGCCCAUCCUCGACAUUGUCUUUGGCAAGUUUGUCACUCAGUUCAACGACUUUGCAAUAGGCCGCAUUUCCAAAACUGCUUUCCAGAACAAGAUCUCGGAUACUGCCCUCAUCCUCGUGUACAUCUGUGUCGCUAAAUUGGUACUCUUCUAUAUCGGCAUGAACGCCAUAUCGGUCGCUUCUCUCCGGACUUCGAGAGCCUUUCGCAUCGACUAUGUUGAUAAAACUUUGCGCCAGGAAAUUGCAUACUUCGAUGGGAACGAUCUCGGCUCAAUAGCAAUGGACGUCACCACCAGCGGAAAUCUUGUCAGCCAGGGCACAGCAGAAAAGCUGGGUGUGACCUUGCAAGCUCUGUCGACCUUCAUUACCGCCUUCGUAGUUGCUUUGGCUACUCAGUGGAAGCUGUCACUCAUCACUAUGUGCGUUGUCCCCGCCAUAGUGAUUACUUCUGCUACUUGCAUCACCAUCGACGCAAAGCAAGAAAGUAGAGUGUUGAAGUUCUACUCCGCUGCCGGCACGAUGGCCAGCGAGGCUCUAUCCAGUAUCCGGAUGGUCCACGCCUUCUGGGGGCAACCCAAAGUCUUGGCCAAGUAUCAAACCAUUUUGGAUGCGGCAGAGAAAGAGGGAAGGAAAAAGUCAAUCAACUACGGUGUCCUCUUCUCGAUGCAAUACUUCUGUGUGCUGUCGGGAUACGCGUUGGCGUUUUGGGAAGGUAUCCGGCUCUACUCUAGUGGCGAGAUCACACAGCCUGGAGAUGUGAUUGUAGUCAUCUUCGCAGUCCUUGUCGCCGCUACCUCCAUCACCCAAGUCGCACCACAGAUAGCUGUCGUCGCCAAAUCCUGCUCGGCAGCCGAGAACCUUUUCAAGGUCAUCGACCGAGAGCCAAAGUUGAAUGCCCUUACCAAUAUUGGACAGACGAUUCCCAACUCUCAGCUGCAAGGUCGAAUCGAGUUUCGCGAUGUUCACUUUGCCUAUCCAUCCAGACCGGACACUACAGUGCUCAAUGGACUGACGAUCAGCUUUCCUGCCAACAAGACGACAGCACUAGUCGGUGCCAGUGGAUCUGGGAAAAGCACGAUAGUUGGUCUCCUCGAGAGAUGGUACGAUCGCACGGAGGGCAGUAUCACACUUGAUGGAGUGGACAUUACCGAGCUGGACGUGAAGUGGCUUCGUACACAGGCCCGCUUAGUUCAGCAGGAACCUGUUCUGUUCAACGCUAGUGUUUUUGAGAACGUUCGCAACGGCAUCGCGAAUUUUGAUCACAGCCUUUCAGGAGAUGCACAGCUGCGUCUUGUGAAAGAAGCCUGCGUCAAGGCAAACGCUCACGAAUUUAUAUGCGCAUUGCCUCAAGGAUAUCACACCAAGGUUGGUGAGAGAGCCGGAACUCUGUCUGGCGGUCAAAAGCAGCGUAUUGCGAUCGCUCGCAGCAUCGUUUCAAACCCGCGGAUCUUGCUCUUGGACGAAGCAACGAGUGCGCUAGAUCCUGUGGCAGAAGGCAAGGUUCAAGCGGCCUUGGAUGCCGUGCGACAAUCCAGGACCACGAUCAUGAUCGCACACAAGCUUUCGACUGUCCGAGAAGCUGACAACAUUGCCGUCAUCGAACGCGGUACCGUGGUUGAACAAGGCACGCACGAACAGCUCAUCGCUACUAGAGGUGCAUACUACCGUCUCGUCGCGGCCCAAGAUCUUGGCAAUAAUCAUGGUCGGAAUAGCAGAGAAGACAGCCUUGCUACAACAGAAAAGCAAGACGAUAUCAACGAGGAAGUGGUGCAAUUCCCAACCGAGCAAUCCGACCCUGUAUCACAGAGCUUGGACUAUGGUAUUCUUCACUGCGUCUCCAAAUUUCUGGCCGAGCAGCGCAAUCUAUGGCCAGAAUUCAUGGUAGUCUGCAUAUCAUGUGUGGUUGGAGGUCUUACUUAUCCUGUGAUGGCGAUCCUGAUAUCCCGAUUGAUCAACUCGUUCAACAAGGGCCCCAGCCCUCAGCUUACACACGACGGCAACUUCUACUCGUUAAUGCUCUUCAUCACCGCUCUGAUUAAUCUAGCCGCCUAUUUCUCGAUGGGUUACGUGACAAACAUCGUUUCGCAAAGACUGACACGCCGCUAUCGUAGCGAGAUUCUCGAAUCUGUGCUUACUCAAGACAUCAGUUUCUUCGAUGAACAGCAGAAUACUACUGGCGCGAUUGUUUCGAGACUCUCCACUGCACCGACACAGUUGCAAGAGCUACUCGGUUUCAACGUGGCAAUUAUCUUCAUCACGCUCGUCAAUCUGGUGUCGACUUGUAUCCUUGCUCUGAUUGUCGGUUGGAAGCUGGCUUUGGUUGUUUUGUUUGGAGCUCUCCUUCCCAUUAUCAUAUCGGCAUGGCUUCGCUUCGCUAUGGAAUCACGUUUGGAGUCUUCCAUUGAGAAACGUUUUGCAGCCAGCGCUGCGAUAGCGUCGGAAUCUGUCGCUGCAAUUCGUACUGUCGCUUCUUUGACGCUUGAAGACAAAAUCGUUGAAAGAUACAGCGACUGUCUCACAGACAUUGUCGAAAAAUCAGGUCGCAGCUUUUUGUGGAUCAACUUUUUCUUCUCUGCUGCCCAAGCCAUCGUCUUUGCCGCGAUGGCGCUGACUUUCUGGUACGGUGCACAGCUUGUUCUCCGCAACGAGUACACCCAAAAUCAGUUCUUCAUUAUCUUCAUCGCGGUUCUCUUCUCUGGCGAAGCCUGUGUGCAAGUGUCGACAUUCACUACGAGUCUGAGCAGCGCCAGAUCUGGCGCCAACUACAUUCUUUGGUUACGUCAACAAAGAUCCAAGCCUGCGCCAUCGUUGAACGACGACAAGGAGGACUCGGAUAACGAGAGGGCCGGUGGCCCAGCUGCAAUCAACGUUAUCGAUCUAGAAUUCGCCUACAAACAAAGGUCAGAUGUCAAGGUCAUCGAGGGCGUUCAGAUGCAAAUCGAGGAAGGCGAGUUUGUCGCAUGCGUUGGCGCCUCGGGCUGCGGCAAAUCGACCAUGGUGAGCUUGUUAGAACGCUUCUACGACGCGACCUCGGGCCGGAUCGAGUACAACUCCACGAACAUCAAUGAGCUUUACACCAAAAAAUACCGCCAUAACAUCGCACUGGUGCAACAAGAACCAACGCUUCUUUCGGGGACGCUACGCGAGAACAUCGCAUUUGGUUUGGAUGUUGAGCCCACGGAUGAGCAGGUGGAAGAUGCUUGCAAACAAGCUAACAUCUGGGACUUUGUGACAUCCCUUCCGGACGGACUGGCAACAAAUUGCGGUAGCAGCGGCACACAACUGUCCGGCGGUCAGCGCCAGAGAAUAGCGAUUGCCAGGGCUUUGAUCAGAAACCCGAGACUGCUGCUCUUGGAUGAGGCUACGUCGGCGUUAGACACCGAGAGCGAGAGGAUUGUGCAAGCUGCCAUCGAGAAGGCCAGUCGCCAGGAUAUGACCACCGUUGCAAUUGCACAUCGCCUAUCGACCAUCAAGGGAGCAGACCGUAUAUUCGUGUUCAGCAAUGGACAAAUCGUCGAGAGUGGCGACCACAAGACUUUGACACAGCUGGGAGGCAUGUACUACAAUAUGUGUCUGAGUCAGUCAUUAGAAUAGGAUGCUCCGACAGUUGAGAUGGUCAGCUAUACUGCUUUGAUUUGUGACUAGUAUCAUCCAGAAACUUCGACGAUGUGUGCAUUCAUCAUUCCGCCUUCUUCUCGAUUUCACCCAAGUUUCUAGUUAAACACUGCGACCUGUAUAUCGUGCCUGUAGUUUUAACGACUGUUCGCUGUUCGAGAUUUCGCAG